UAUCUUACACACUCGUAACAUUUUAACUUUUGAUUUUGUUUGAACAACACGCAUUCAUUUGCCAAUUAAUUUUAAUUGUCCCAAAAUUUAUACUUAAUUCAUAAUGGUGCAAGUGAAUGUAAAUGAGGGUAUUUUAGAAGGAGAGUUAGUGAACAAUGAAUAUGGUGGAAAAUUUUACAGUUUCAAAGGGAUUCCGUACGCGGAUCCUCCUGUAGGAGAUCUUAGAUUCAAAGCACCUCAGCCACCGAAACCAUGGAAUGGCAUACGAAGCGCAAAUGAGUUUGGACCAGUGUGUUAUCAAAUAGAUUUCGCGAUAAACUCGAAUCCAAUAGGUUCUGAAGAUUGCCUUUAUCUCAACGUGUACACGCCAGAACUAAACCCAGUAAAACCUAUGCCUGUAAUGCUUUACAUCCACGGAGGAGCAUUUCUAUCGGGAAGUGGAAAUGACGAUAUGACAGGACCAGAAUUUUUGGUCAAACAUAACGUUAUAAUAGUCACUAUCAAUUACAGACUUGGAGCUCUGGGUUUCCUGUGCUUGGACACAGAAGAUAUUCCCGGUAAUGCUGGAAUGAAAGACCAAGUAGCUGCAAUGAGAUGGGUCAAUAAAAACAUUAGUAAUUUUGGCGGAGAUCCAAAUAAUGUGACGAUAUUUGGAGAAAGUGCAGGAGCUGGUAGCGUUUCUUUUCAUCUCAUAUCUCCGCUAACUAAAGGACUGUUUAGGAAAGCUAUAGCCCAAAGUGGUGUGUUAACAUGCUGGUGGGCCCAGGCAUUUAAACCACGUGAUCAUGCUCUCAGCCUUGCUAAACAAUUAGGCUUUUAUUCCGAAGACGACAAGAAAUUGAGUGAUUUUUUCAAAUCUUUGCCGCUCGAAAAACUAGUACAGUUGGAUUUGUCCAAUAUAUUAGGUUUUUCGAAAAAAGAAUUCUUAAAUAUUUAUUUCAAUAUUGUAAGUGAAAAACCAUUUGGACAUGAAAGGUAUUUUCACGGCGAUGUGUAUGAUGUUUUGCGUAAUACCGGUAUACAUGCUGACGUAGAAUUAAUGGCUGGUUACACAGAGGAUGAAGGCUACGUAGGAUUAUGCGGCAUCAACAUCGAACGGUUAAUUAAACAAUUGAAUACCAUGAAUGACUUUUGCGUUCCAAAACAGAUCGCGCUAAAUGUACCGCUGACAAAACAAUUGGACGUGGCGAAAAAAUUUAAAUCAUUUUAUUUUAAAAACCAAGAGAUAACGAUGGAUAAUUUGGAUAAAUAUAUCAACUAUUUAUCAAUGGAUAUGUUUAUUGUUGGUGCCAUUCAACUCGCAAAAAUAAUUGCAAAACAGAAGAAAAAUAAAGUGUUCUUUUACAAGUUCACCUGCAAAUCUGAAAGGAAUCGCCUUGCCACAGAAUACCUAGGAUUAAAGGAAGACAUGUUUGAAAAUAGGCAGGUCGUAUGCCAUUCGGAUGAUCUAGCUUAUUUAUUCCCUGUAAAAUCUAUGUUAGAGAAAGUCAAUACAAAUUCAAGAACAUUUGAAUUAAUAGAAAAUGUCACCAGACUUUGGACGAACUUUGCUAAAUAUGGGAAUCCAACACCAGACGCCAGUUUGGGGGUCCAGUGGACGCCGUUCUCUUCAGAAAGACAAGAAUAUUUAGAUGUUGGAAAUAAACUAGUUCCAAGUACCGAUCCAGAGAAGGACGAACUUGCAUUUUGGGAGUCUAUAUAUCAAGAAUACUAUCCGCAUUGCCUUUGCAAUUAAAAUCAUAUCUGUAUGCAACACCAAGUACAAUUUUACUAUCGGUGUUGGAAAAAUAUUAAUACCUUCUGUUGUUAAAAUAAUCUAAUUUAAGAAGUUAACAAAAAAUAUUAUCUUGUUUUUUUGAUCUUGUUGUUUUGAUGGCAGUCGAAUUUCAUCAUGCAAGAAUUUAAAGGUUUUUCUUGUGGACAAUCAAAUACGUUAUGUCAUUCUUAUUAAACUACUUAUAUAACAUUGAGAAUAGUGUUCGAAUUUAUUUUUACAGUUUCAAGUUACACUUAUUGCUUAAAGUAUGAAAACUUACUGCUUGGUUUAUCUGUUUUAGUAAAAUUACAGUAGUAUAGAUGUAUAAUAACUUUUUAAGAGCUACAAAGUACAUGUCGCUUCCUACUUUUGGAGCGUUACAAAGGGUGCCGUAGUUAUUUAAAAAUACAAAAUGUAUUUUUUUACGAUAAUUUUCUCUCUAUAUUGUAAAGUGACAUGUGGACAGGAUUGUGUUUGAAAUAAAAAAGGCAAUGGCAAACCACUCCAUUAAUGUGCUAAGAAA